UUUGCCCAGAAAAUUUUAAAUUGCAAUUGUUUUAUAUUGAAGUUUAAAGGUAGCUGAAUCAAAAUGACAAGUUUCAUAAAAACAUUUGCUUUUCUGACAUCGAGUUCUUUAAGAAGAGUUGCACAACCGAGACAUUUCUCUACAAGCACAGGUGUUCCACAGUUCGAGACAUUAGCCAUAACUGUUCCCAAGAAGCAUGUAUUCCAUGUCGAAUUAAACAGGCCAAAGAAAUUAAACACUUUUAAUAAAGCCAUGUGGAGGGAAUUAAAUGAAUGCUUCUCUUCAUUGAGCAAUAAUUCGGAAUGCAGAGUGGUUGUCUUGUCCGGACAAGGAAAGCAUUUUACUGGCGGUAUAGAAAUAAACAGCCUCGUGGAAAUGGCGGCGGAGGCUGAGGACCUUCCAGACGUGGCCAGGAAGGCCAGAUACCAUUACAACUUCAUUAAAUACGCACAGGACGGAAUCACGGCUUUGGAGGAUUGCGUCAAACCAGUGUUGACCGUCGUGCACAACGCCUGUAUCGGCGCCGGCGUGGACCUGGUCACCGCCUGCGACAUCAGGUAUUGCUCCCAGGACGCGUGGUUUCAAGUCAAGGAAGUGGAUGUUGGCUUGGCGGCCGAUGUUGGAACCCUGCAAAGGCUCCCGAAGAUAAUUGGCAACACGUCGAUAGCGCGAGAACUUUGCUACACCGGCCGAAAGUUCGACGCUAGGGAAGCGAGUGAAAUAGGCUUCGUCAGUAAAGUGUUCCCCGAUAAAGACACUGCCCUCAGUCACGCGCUGCAGGUAGCUGAAGACGUCGCAUCGAAGAGUCCGGUCGCAGUUCAAACGACGAAACAAAGUCUCGUCUACUCGCAGAGCAGACCGAACAGUGAUGGCCUCGAGCAUAUUCGCUUGCUUAAUUCCGUGAUGAAUCAAGGCGAGGAUCUGCCCAAAGCGGCCGUCGCCCAGGCCACGAAGAGCCCGCCGCCGGACUACGAGAACCUGUAGACACUAACAAUGCUCCACGGCUUCAAGGAUCUUAAACCCUUUGCCUGUCGUGUAGGUCACCGGUGCCCUACGCGGCGCACUGAAGUAACUAUGUCGAUUUAUCUCUUCAACUUCUUACUAAGGCGCUGGAAUAUCUAGUAGACUCCACGACAAAAGAAUUACUUCAGUGCACCGCGUAGGGCACAGGUGACCUUUUUAUAUAUUUAUUGUUUAAUUAGUUAAACGUCAAUGCCGCCACCCACCUUGAGAUAUGAGUUCUAAGGUCUCAAGUAUAACUAAAA